CAUUUAUUUAGGAGGGAAAAGUGGGCACGAUGAACGUCCAGAAUUUAGUGAAUAAGAAAAAGAAGGCCUUUAUCGGGAUGACGGCGCCCCCUGGCUAUGUGCCAGGAUUAGGUCGAGGUGCCACAGGUUUCACUACGCGGUCUGAUAUCGGUCCAGCACGUGAUGCUAGUGAUAUUUCUGAUGAGAGACACAAGAACUUCAACAAGGGAAAGUCUGGAGAAAGGCAGGAAGAAGAAGAAGAGGAUCUUAAUGAGUCUAAUUUUGAUGAGUUUACAGGAUACGGGGGUAGUUUAUUUGGAGGUGGAGCGUACGAUAAGGAGGACGAGGAGGCGGAUAUAGUCUACGAGAGUAUAGACAAGCGCAUGGACGAGCGGCGCAAGAUCAAGCGUGAGGAGCGUCUCUUAGAGGAGAUCAAGAGAUACCGGAUGGAAAAGCCCAAGAUUCAGCAGCAGUUUGAGGAUAUCAAGAGAGAGUUGGGUACGAUGAGCUCAGAUGACUGGUCUGCUAUUCCUGACGUCAGCAAUAUGACACGUACUAAGAAAAACAAGAACACAAGAGCAGAAAGGUUUACCCCUGUACCAGAUAGUAUGAUAGAGAGAAUGGCAUCACAGCAAGGCCACAACACAUACGCUUCUAGUGGCCUCCAAUCAGCUUUACCUGGCGCACAAAGUACGCUCGGUAUGAAGACUCCCGCUCCAGGCGAACUUGAUUUACUACAAAUCGGAGUUGCCAAGAACUCUAUGUUGGGAGUGAAACUUGAUCAGGCUUCAGAUAGUGUAACGGGGCAGACAGUUGUAGAUCCUAGAGGUUAUCUUACAGAUCUGAACUCCAUCACACCUAGAAAUUUGGGGGAUGUUGGUGACAUCAAGAAAGCAAGAUUGUUGUUACAGUCCGUGACAAACACAAACCCUAAACAUGCUCCUGGCUGGAUUGCAGCUGCCAGAUUGGAGGAAGUAACAGGAAAACUUCAGCAAGCCAGAAAUAUCAUCGUCAAAGCAUGCGAAGUUUGUCCAAAUAACGAAGAUGUAUGGAUUGAGGCAGCACGACUUCAACCGUCAGAAAUGGCUAAAUCAAUCAUAGCCAAAGCGGUCAGGAAUCUGCCACAAAGUGUGAAGAUUUGGGACAAGGCAGUACAGUUGGAAGAUGACACCAUGGCAAAGAGGCGGGUGCUACGUAAAGCGCUAGAGAACAUUCCUAAUUCUGUUAAAUUGUGGAAAGAUGCUGUUGAACUUGAAGAACCAGGUGAUGCCCGGAUACUGCUAGGAAGAGCGGUGGAAUGCUGUCCUACUUCUGUUGAACUGUGGUGUGCUCUUGCUAAACUUGAAACCUAUGAAAAUGCCAGGAAGGUGCUGAACAAAGCUCGACACAAGAUCCCAACAGACAGGAAGAUUUGGAUUAAUGCUGCUCGUCUUGAAGAGGCUAACAAUAACAAAGAAAUGGUGCACAAGAUAAUAGAAAGAGCUCUAACAUCCUUGAAGGCUAAUAUGGUGGAGAUAAACAGAGAGCUGUGGCUGAAAGAAGCUGAAGAGUGUGACCAGGCUGAAUCACCUAUCACAUGUCAGGCUAUAGUCAGAACUGUCAUAGCUAUUGGUGUUGAAACUGAAGACAGAAAGCACACCUGGAUGGAGGACGCUGACGCGUUUACAGCUAACAAGGCGUAUGUAGCCGCACGUGCAGUGUUCGCUUACACGCUCACAGUAUUCCCUACCAAGAAGAGUAUUUGGCAACGAGCUGCGUUCUUUGAGAAGAAUCACGGUACUAUAGAACAGUACGAGAGUUUGUUGCAACGUGCUGUCACUUACUGCCCUAAGGCGGAAGUAUUGUGGCUGAUGCGGGCUAAGAGCAAGUGGCUUGCUGGAAACGUUCCUGAAGCCAGGUCCAUUCUGAACGAUGCUUUCGGAGCUAACUCCAACAGUGAGGAGAUAUGGAUAGCUGCUAUCACUCUGGAGAGCAAGAAUAACGAGCAUGAGAGAGCUAGGAAACUACUCCAGAAAGCAAGAGAAACAGCAGGAACAGCCAGAGUGUGGAUGAAGAGUGCGAGGUUGGAAUGGUGUCUUGGUAACCUUACUGGAGCUCUGCAGACUAUUCAGUAUGGUCUUGGCAAGUUUCCAGAGUUCCCUAAAUUUUAUCUCAUGAAAGGACAGAUAGAACUUCAGCAGGGACACAAAGAGAAGGCACAUAACACAUACGAUCUGGGUAUAAAACGUUGUCCUAGCUGUAUACCACUGUGGGUGUCACUGGCAACGUUAGAGAUUAUUGACGAUAACAUUACCAAAGCUAGGUCUAUUCUAGAAAAAGCUAGGGUUAGGAAUCCACUGAAUGAUGAACUGUGGGUCCACGCCGUCAGACUGGAGGUAAAAGCAGGUAAUGACAACCCGGCCCAGGCACUUCUUGCACGUGCCCUCCAGACGUGCCCAAAGUCUGGGAUCUUGUGGUCUGAGUGUAUCUUUAUGGCACCGCGGCCUGCAAGGAAAACGAAGAGUGUUGAUGGUCUCAAAAACUGUGACAAUGAUGCUAAUAUAGUUCUGGCUGUAGCUCGUCUGUUCUGGCUGGAACGGAAGAUGAAGAAAGCAAAGGAGUGGUUCAUCAAAGCAGUUAAAUUGGACCCAGAUCUAGGAGACACGUGGGCAACAUACUACAAGUUCACAGCUGCGCACGGUACUGAAGACGAGCUCAAAAUUCUGGUAAACAAGUGUGUGCAAGCAGAUCCUCACCACGGCGAAUACUGGUGUAAAACCUGCAAGUGUAUUGACAACUGGAGAAUAGACGGGAACACUGAGCUAAUGUUGAAGCUGUGUGCCAAGUCUCUCCCUGAACUAAGGUGAAGACAUCAAAGCAUUAUGCAGCAGAAGUUGCAUUGAUGAACUAAUUUGAGAAGACGCUAAUCAGAACAUGCUUGUACAUUGUACAAGUCCUACUACAGUACUACUGGACAUAAAAAACUGAGUUAAUUAGAUUAUCCUGAAUAUUCUCAUUACAUUAUCCUGAUUUGACUAAUUCUUCCUACCUUUGACAGGUCAAAUAUUAGCUUAUUUAUGAGCAAAUCGUUUUAAUAUAAUAUAUGCAACUUAUUCCAAUGACGUAACGAUUUUUGUCUACGGACGGAAGGCGGAUGGUAUAUUUAUUAACCUUUGGUAUUUAAACAGACUAAUGUUGUGUACAGUGUACACACUACACGGUAUAAUUUUAUUUGCUUUUUUAUCGUAA